AGGCCGAUAGCUGUCUGCGUUGGCACUGGGGCAGAUUCCAUUUUCAGUCGGCUUAGUCGUACGAUUGUCGUGAAGAGUGCUAUUUGAACAAGUUUCAAGUGUUGAACAACGAUUAGCAUAAUGGCCAACAUUGGAAAAAUCUUCGCUUCCAGGACAUACACUCUGGCUAAAGCCGCCCAGGCCAACAAUGUACGAUUCUAUUGCGCUGCUUCCCCGAAGGCGUUCGAAUACAUUAAAACCGAGCUUGUCGGUGAGAAGAAAAAUGUCGCUCUGAUCACGCUGAAUCGUCCAAAAGCUCUGAAUGCUCUGUGCAAUGGUUUGAUGAAUGAAGUUAGCCAGGCUUUGGACCAGUUUGACAGUGACGACAAUGUAGGAGCCAUCGUCAUCACCGGCAGCGAGAAGGCCUUUGCAGCUGGUGCGGACAUCAAGGAGAUGCAGAACAACACGUACGCUAAGUGUAUCACCGGUAACUUUCUCAAUAACUGGACUAGCGUUGCCAAGGCCCAAAAACCGGUCAUUGCUGCUGUAAAUGGGUACGCUUUGGGCGGUGGCUGCGAAUUCGCUAUGAUGUGCGAUAUCAUCUAUGCUGGAGAUAAGGCCAAGUUUGGCCAGCCUGAAAUCGCGCUCGGAACUAUUCCUGGAGCCGGUGGUUCCCAGCGUACUACCCGUGUUAUGGGCAAGUCGAAGGCCAUGGAAAUGUGCUUGACUGGAAACAUGAUCAACGCUGAGGAAGCUGAACGAUCGGGAUUGGUCAGCAAGGUCUUCCCGGCUGAUAAGGUAGUCAGCGAAGCCGUCAAGCUAGGAGAAAAGAUUUCCACAUUCUCGCCAUUGAUUGUGCAAUUGUGUAAGGAAGCUGUGAACACUGCUUAUGAAACUACGCUGAACGAAGGAUUGAAGUUUGAGAGACGCCACUUCCACGCUACCUUCUCCACUAAGGAUCGCCUGGAAGGCAUGACCGCAUUCGUCGAGAAGCGUGCUCCUAAAUUCACCAAUGAAUAAGUGUGAAUAAAUUAGCUGUGGUUUAUACUACUCAGGUCCCGAAUGAAGAAGCAUUUAAGCCUGCUCGAGCAGAUGAUGCAUUUAUUAUAUUUAGGCAUUUUGCAUUACCUCUGAGGUGUCAUGUCUUCGUAAUAAUUUGAAAAUAAAAUUUUUCAAUUAGUAGA